AUGGCACCCGUCAAAGUCGGACUCGUCGGCCUGAGCACUGCGUCAAGGGCAACCAAUUGGGCUGCAAUUGCACAUCUUCCAUACCUACAAUCAGAACAAGGCAAAGCCCUCUUCGACAUUGUCGCCCUCUGCAAUUCAUCUGUAGACAGUGCAAAGAAAUCGAUCCAACACUACGGUCUCGCCGACUCGGUCAAAAGCUAUGGCUCUCCAGCAGAUUUAGCCGCUGAUUCCGAUGUCGAGUUGGUUGUCUGCGUGGUCGGUGUCGAAAAUCACUAUGAUGUAUUGCUCCCAGCAAUCAAGGCUGGAAAAAACGUCUACACCGAACUACCGUUGGCAUCAAACCUCAAGCAGAUGCAAGAGCUGGUGGACCUAGCUGAGAAGGGAGGUGUCCGAACCAUGUUUGGUUCUCAAGGCCAAGCUCACCCAGCUGUCCACUUGCUCAAGAAGAUGAUAGCAGAAGACAAGAUUGGCAAAGUUUUGAGUACAACCUUUUUCGGAACAACAGGUUUUCCUCUCACGAAAGUGCCAGUUUCUUUCCGAGUGAUCGGAGAACGCGCAGCCGGAGGCAACUUCGCGACCAUCUGGUUUCUGCACAGUGAGACUUGUGUCACGUCAAGAACCAGGACAGUGCUAACAGUUCCCAGGNNCAUAAACUGUCUUUUGGAAGUCUUUGGCGAACUUGAAGCUUUCAGCAGUAUAAUGGGUAACGAUCACCCAACUAUGGAUCUCAUAGAUCCCGCCCAGUCGAGAAAAAUCGUCAACAGCAUCACGAAAGACACCCCUGACAACAUCCAUCUCCAAGGUCGCUUCUCGUCUGGAGCCUUGUUGACAUAUCAGAUGCGUGCAGGCGAAGCCUUCCCUGGCGAACCUGGCUGCCGCUGGAUCAUCAACGGCGACAAAGGCGACAUCCAGAUUACAAACCCUCGAGGCUGUUUCGACAUCGAACACAAAGGCCUCGUAAUCAAAUACAAGAGAGCCGGCGAGAAAGAGGCAGAGACAAUCCAAUUGCCCGAAGACGGGUAUAGCACACUCGACCAUCCUGCUCAGAACGUUGGACGCCUGUAUGAGGCUUUCGCAAAGGGAGAUAAGGCGUCGUAUGCGGAUUGGAACGUUGCGUUGAGGAGGCAUAAGUUCAUUGAUGAGAUGUUCGCGAGAGAAGAUGGUGAUAAGCCAUUUGGCGAAGUGGCGCAGUACAGGAAGUGA